GUUACUCCUGUGCACACUCUCAAUCUCAGCAAAUGCCGCAGCAAGCUUAAUCAUCCUAAGCGUGACCUUGAGUGGCGUGAGCGUGAGUUACAGGUCAAUCCUGACGAUAGCUACCAGCGCAGAGCGGCCAAAAUCUACACUCAUGGCUACGAGGUCGGCCCACUACUCGAGUGUACCAGAUGCCGCAACAGUAUUGGCCCUUUUCCAAAGUGCGUUGUGGCCUAUGACGAGCAAGGAUAUAUUGCCAGGGGCUGCUGUGCCAACUGCGUCUGGUACCAUCGUACCGACGUCUGCACCUUGCGCAACCCUCUCCCAUGCGCUGCUCUCGCUGAAGCCAAACUUCCCAUGGGUCCGUGGGGGCAGGCUUGUGCCAACUACUGCUUUGGUGAACACCUU